ACCAGGGAGGGGGGGAUGGCGGAGCGGGCGCCCGAGCCCGAGGCGGAGGCGGAGGCGGAGGCUGAGGCUGAGGCGGGCGCAGGCGGGGAGGCGGCGGGCCGCAAGGCGCGGGGCCGGCCGCGGCUCACGGAGUCCGACCGGGCCCGGCGGCGGCUCGAGUCCCGGAAGAAGUACGACGUGCGGCGCGUGUACCUGGGCGAGGCGCACGGGCCCUGGGUGGACCUGCGGCGCCGCAGCGGCUGGAGCGACGCCAAGCUCGCCGCCUACCUCAUCUCUCUGGAGCGUGGCCAGCGUAGCGGCCGCCACGGGAAGCCUUGGGAGCAAGUCCCGAAAAAGCCAAAGCGGAAGAAAAGGCGGCGCCGCAACGUGAACUGCCUGAAGAACGUGGUCAUCUGGUACGAGGACCACAAGCACCGCUGCCCCUACGAACCGCACCUGGUCGAGCUGGACCCCACCUUCGGGCUGUAUACCACGGCCGUGUGGCAGUGCGAGGCCGGCCACCGCUACUUCCAGGACCUGCACUCGCCCCUGAAACCGCUGAGCGAUUCAGACCCCGACAGUGACAAAGUGGGCCAUGGCCUGGCGGCUGGUAGCUCCGACACAUCCAGCUCCAGCUCCAGCUCCGACUCCGAGGAGCCCUCUGAGGGUCCCCUGGCCAAGGGGAGUGCGGGGGCCGCUGCGGCCGUCACCCCCGCCAGCCCAGCAGGCAGCAGCGGCCUCAUCACGCAGGAGGGUGUGCACAUCCCCUUCGACCUCCACCACGUGGACAGCCUGGCCGAGCCAGGAGCCCCGCUAGGCCCCGGCCCGGCCGCCAGCGGGCCCGAUGCCCUGGAGACGGUGGUAUGUGUGCCCGUGCCCGUACAGGUGGGCACGGGGCCCGGUGGCCUCUUCGACAACGUGCCUCAGGAGGCAUUGGGCGAGGUGGUCGCCAGCUGCCCGGUGCCCGGCAUGGUGUCCGGCUCACAGGUCAUCAUCAUCGCCGGCCCCACCUACGAUGCCCUCACGGCCGAGGGCCUGCACCUCAACGUGGCGGCGGGCAGCGGGGCAUCUGGCGGCGGUGGACUGGGCGACCAGGUGCCCUGUGCCAUGAUGGAGGGCGUGGCGGCCUACACCCAGACGGAGCCCGAGGGCAGCCAGCCGGGCACGCUGGACCCCACCGCACUGGCCACCAUCGAGACUAAGAAAGAGAAGGAGGACCUGUAUGUACUCAAGAAGGAGGAGCGGGAGGAGCCCCUGGCCCCAGAGCUGGCCGAGUUGACGGCGGCGGUGCCUGAGGCCGAUGGGGAGUUCCUGGACAGCAGUGACGUGUCCGCCAUCAUCUACGAGAUCCCCAAGGAGCCGGAGAAGCGGCGUCGGAGCAAGCGCUCCCGGGUGACUGAUGCUGACGGGCUGCUGGAGAUGUUUCACUGUCCCCACGAGGGCUGCGGCCAGGUCUACGCCGCCCUCAGCAGUUUCCAGAACCAUGUCAACCUCGUGCACCGGAAGGGGAAGACCAAAGUGUGUCCGCACCCUGGCUGCGGCAAGAAGUUCUACUUGUCCAAUCAUCUGCGGCGACACAUGAUCAUCCACUCUGGGGUCCGUGAAUUUACCUGUGAAACCUGUGGCAAGUCCUUCAAAAGGAAGAAUCACCUGGAGGUGCAUCGGCGCACGCACACUGGGGAGACACCCCUGCAGUGCGAGAUCUGCGGCUACCAGUGCAGGCAGCGCGCCUCGCUCAACUGGCACAUGAAGAAGCACACGGCGGAGGUGCAGUACAACUUCACGUGCGAGCGCUGCGGGAAGCGCUUCGAGAAGCUGGACAGUGUCAAGUUCCACACGCUGAAAAGCCACCCGGACCACAAGCCCACCUGACCCACGGACCACCCUCUGACCGCCCCUAUUUAUUUGACCGCUGGGACACCAGGCCAGGGCUCUGCUGAGGCCCGGCGAGCAGCGGGGGCCGCCUGGACCGCGGGCCGGGCUGGAAGGAGGCGCCCCUGCCCCGCCCCAGGGCUGGGUCCCCGGGGCAGGUUC